AUGAGAGCACCUAUGGACUCAUGAUUCACAAAAAGAGGAGCUGUUCUGAUCAUCCUUUCUGAAUACCCUUUAAGGGUAACACGAGCUGAGGAGGGAUGAGUCAUGGUACUUCACUGCUCUUAUAGCUAUUGUGGUCUCAUCGCGGUGCACAUGGUAGCAGAUCACGAUGUUGGAUCCGGCUACAAUUAUAUGUUAUUCCUAUUUUUGACUAAUAUCGGCUUUCUGUAUAUUUUAUGUGUAAAUCAGCGGAGAUGGCGAGACGGCGCUCUGAAAAAGUGAAAGGCUGAGGAAGCGAAUCACUCCAUCGCGUGAUGUUCGGAUGGGUAGGGCGUACUUUGUAUUCAGUGUGAUGUUUGCCGAGAACGAGUUUAUU